GCCAUGGCCGCUGCAGCCGUCCGAGGGGGGCUUUGCGGGGCGAAGGUGGCGCGGCUCGUCCUGGGCAGCCGGACGGCUUCGACCGGCAACCCCGCAGCCCCAACGCCCGAUGGGCAGCGCCAGCAGGAGCAGCGAGGGAAGCUCACCCGCGUGUGGCAGAGCGAAGGCAUCAGGAAUAUUGUCCUGAGCAACCCUGGGAAAAGGAAUGCGCUUUCCCUCUCCAUGCUGAAGUCCCUCCGUCAGGAUAUUUUGCAGGAUAUUGACAGCCCCGAUCUGCGCAUCAUUAUCAUUUCAGCUGAAGGUCCUGUGUUCUCCUCUGGACAUGACUUGAAGGAACUGAGUCCGAAGGAAGACCCAAAACAGCACAUGGACAUCUUUAAAACCUGUUCAGAGGUCAUGACGUUGCUUCCAAAGCUACCUGUACCCGUGAUUGCCAAAGUGAAUGGCCUUGCCACAGCCGCCGGUUGCCAGCUGGUGGCCAGCUGUGACAUUGCCGUGGCCAGCGAGAAGUCCAAGUUCGCCACCCCUGGAGUGAACGUGGGUCUCUUCUGUUCAACGCCCGCGGUAGCCAUUGGAAGAUCUCUGCCUAAAAAGGUGGCACUGGAGAUCCUCUUCACCGGACAGCCCAUCACAGCUCAGGAUGCCCUUCUCCACGGACUCAUCAGCCGAGUUGUACCUGAGGAGCAGCUGGAAAGCGAGACUCUAAAAAUUGCCCAAAAGAUUUGCCAAAGCAGCCGGGCUGUGUUAGCUCUGGGGAAGGCCACUUUUUACAAACAGAUGGAACACGAUAUUAGCACGGCCUACCAGAUAGCUUCACAAGUCAUGGUGGACAACCUGGCUCUGAAGGAUGGACAGGAAGGAAUUGAGGCCUUUGUUUCUAAACGCAAACCCAACUGGUUCCAUUCUUGAAAGAAAACAUUUCCAAGGAACAUCUAGGACAGUGCUUCUCAACCGUGACAACGUGAAGAUGUGUGGACUUCAACUCCCAGAAUUCCCCAGCCAGCUGGCUGGGGAAUUCUGGGAGUUGAAGUCCACACAUCUUCACGUUGCCACGGUUGAGAAGCAUUGAUUUAAGAUCUUUAAGAGCCUUUUAUUUGGUCAAUAGAGCCAGUUUUGGGUUUCCCAAACCUGCUUUGAAAAUCCUAGGACUUUCAGCUUGCUUUACAGGAUCCCUUAUCGGCGUACGAAUAUUGGUUUAAAAAGGAUCUUGCACUCUUGUCUGUCCUAAUCACUUCCUUCAGGCACUCUGAUUUGUGAAAUAAAAAUGGCCUGUGUAUUUCCACAACGCCCUUCACCGGCUGCCUUGUAGAUGCUGUAUUCGUACAACAUCCUUAUUAUUUAAUGACCCCAUAAUCCCUUGAAGGGAGAGUCCGGGCAAUUGAAUGGAGCUAGCAGAGCAUUUAAUAGCCGGAUGCCCUUCCUGUUGCCAAUGCGGAGUUCUGUUCAGCAGAUAUAUUCUCAUUGUGCCCAGAGAGAGGGAAAUAUCUGCCUCUACCUAGGAUUGAACUCAUAGCCUCCUGAUUGUGAGGCGAGAGCUGCACCUCUAGGCCACCACAUCUCUCUUGUAUUUGUACAACAUGCUAAACUGAAUUAGCAUGAUUUGGUUAUUUUCUUCUCGUUCGGUGGAAUGUGUGAAUCCAGACCGUUGGAUUAAUAUAUGAUUUAAGGCAGUGGUUUCUUUUUUCAACUUGGCAACUUGGUGUAGACUUUCCUUUGUGUACAUUUGGCACAAUGUGUGGACUUCAAUUCCCAGAAUACCCCAACCAGCACGCUAGGAGUUGAAAUCCUCACUUUUUAAAGUUGCCAAGUUUGAAAAACACUGCUUUAAGCUAUCAUGUGAAUCCUGAAAACGGAUUAAUACAGUAAGUAGAUUUAGGUAUGUUGUACAAAUCCACACACUAUAUUGGAUGAUGUUAAAAAGAGCAGAGAUGCAUAGUUGCCAAAAUUACAAAGUCUACAUGUACUACUAUGUGGUUAUGAAUUUAAUAGUUAAAUGUUAUUUCAAUUAUAACAGAAUGUGAUUGAUGGUGCUAUACCAUUGUUUUGCCUAAUCACAAUUUACUAAAUAAUCCACCAUAUCUGAAUGGACUAGUAUAUUAAACCAAAAUCUGGGCAAACAUAUAUUGGCUUAAUUGAAUUCCUCCAGUACCUAUGGCUUAUAAGGAUGUAAGGUGUUAUAUAUUGACCUACCCAAAGGGGAGAAUGUUAGGAAAUGAGUAUUACCUACCUUGUUGGGUUGGCAAUAUAUAAACCAUCAAUAUAGCUUUAAGACUGCUGUAUUGCAUCAUACUGUGUCCUGAUUGGUUAGCUCUGUAGCCAAUCUCCUUAAGAGGGAGCUAGAAACAUGGUUUGUUUCUCUUUGCUGUUCUUGCUCUCUGAUAUCUCUGUAUGCUACUGUUUGCAAAUCCAGAAAAACUGUUUAUUGUGAAUGACUACGACAACUGGUAAGAAGACUUUGUUAUUGGAUUAUCCCUGGAUUGUCGUUUUGCUAUCUCCUGCUUUAUAUGUGUAUGACCUGGAUUGUUUAUUGGACUGUGCCUUACUAUUUCCUGAAAGUAAACACAACUCAGUGUA